ACUAGUAGUGUCUGUGCCACUGAGCCUUUGUUAAAUGACAAAAUUAAGCCAAAAAAAGUAAUUAGAGAAGCAUUUGAUUUAAUUUGUAAUAGUGAAAAAAUUAUUAAGCAAAAGUCUGCGUAUUUAUCAAUGGGUCAAAAAGAGUUUAGAACUAUGGAACACUCUCAAAAGACAUGA